AUGAAUGGGUACAAGGAAGGCAAUUACAGUUGCUAUUUCCAUCCUAAAGAUGUUAUUGGGGUUUGCCCUUUGUGCUUAAACGAGAGGCUUCUUCUAGCUUCAAAGCAAGCCCAACUCUCUUCAUCGUCUAGUGAAGGCAUCCAUGGAAUUAUUCAAGAUUUUCCAUUGAAGAAACUACCCUUCACCAAGUUUCCAAAGAUCUUUUCUUUUGGCUCAUUUCUCAAUCGUUUCGAGUUCAAGCAUUGGAAACGUGAAAUUUCUGAUGAUUUUUAUGUUUCAACCAGCUGCGGUGAAGAAGACUCUUUCAUCUCAAUCAAGUUUGAAGAGAAUGGUGGUGUUUCAUGGGAAAACGGGGAUGUUUAUUCUAAGGUCUCAAUUGAGCAUUGCAGCAAGCCCUGGAACCCCACCUUGACAAAGGAGCUCAUCGAUGAACCAAAGGUGACCAACAAGAGCAUGUGAAACCAUGUGCCUCGCUUAGGUGGCGAAAGCGGAUUGGUCACUUAUUCCAGCUCAACAUGGGGAGGAGGUCCAGCAAGGCCAAUGUGUGCCACAUGGGAAGCAAGGUAAAUGGGAUCAACUUGAUAAGGACUCUGACAAAGAGGACCAAAGAAUAAAGAGUGUCGUUGGAUAGAAAGGGACACUGAAAUCCUCCACCAUACCAAUUUGUGAAUUGGGGAUGUCAUUUGAGACUGUAAGUUCCCAACUAUAAUUGAGAUGGCAGAGUCAAAAUAUAGUUCUUUUAUCACCUAAAUGAGCUUUUGGCUUAAAGUUCAUUGGCUUUUUUGUAUUCUGUUCUUAUUUCUGAUAAACAGAAGUAGCAGUAAAAUGAUUGUUAUACAAAAUAAAUAUUUGUG